GGAUUUUUGGCGAAAGAGAAUUUUAUAGGGUGGUCUCUCGCAAGUGUCAGCUUCUGAGAUUAUUUUUUUGUUUGUCUUCGCGGCGGCUUCUGACCUUAUAUUCGUAUAACAGCCAAUAAGAUUGCUAGAUUUACUAUACAGUACACCCUACCUUCCCUAAUCUCCCAUUUAGAUCCGACCCGCAUCGGAUCCUUCUAUAAAACUUUGUUAAGAUUCCUCUGUUCCGUUUAACGUUUAUCUUCAAACUGAUUCCUCCUCCCUUACUUCCCCUCUCCAGUUUUGUCUCGACUCUUGUGGGUGUUGUCUGAAAAAAAAGAAGAUGGAAGUUUGUGGGGACUCUGAUAACUUAAAGAACCGUCCCUUGACUCCACUUAGGAUCCUAAGGGGUCUCAUCAUCUUACUCAUCUUCCUCUCUACUGCUUUCAUGUUCCUUCUCUACUUCUCACCCAUCUUCGCUCUAGCCUUACGUCUUCUAAGCGUACACCAAUCUAGGAAAGCUAUUUCGUUCAUCUUUGGUCACUGGUUAGCUCUCUGGCCUUACCUCUUCGAAACAGCCAACGGAACAAAAGUAGUUUUCUCCGGAGACACCCUUCCUGUAGAGAAACGUGUCUUGCUGAUAGCAAAUCAUAGGACGGAGGUGGACUGGAUGUAUCUUUGGAACAUUGCCUUGAGAAAAGGGUGUCUUGGCUACAUCAAGUACGUCCUUAAAAGCAGCUUGAUGAGGCUGCCUAUAUUCGGAUGGGGGUUUCAUAUCCUUGAGUUUAUCCCUGUGGAGAGGAACCGUGAGGUUGAUGAACCUGCUAUGCUUCAAAUGCUUUCAACUUUUAAAGAUCCUCAAGAUCCCUUGUGGCUUGCUCUUUUCCCUGAAGGAACAGACUUCACUGAAGAGAAGUGCAAAAGAAGUCAAAAGUUUGCAGCUGAGGUUGGUCUUCCUGCAUUAUCAAACGUACUUCUACCAAAAACAAGAGGUUUUAGCGUUUGCUUUGAAGCUCUACAUAACUCUUUGGAUGCAGUAUAUGAUCUGACUAUUGCAUAUAAGCCGCGCUGCCCAUCUUUCAUGGACAAUGUAUUCGGAACUGAUCCUUCAGAAGUUCAUAUCCACGUUAGGCGAGUUCUAGCUAAGGAGAUUCCAGCAAAUGAUGCAGAGUCUUCUGCUUGGUUAAUGGAUUCAUUCCAGGCCAAGGACAAACUCUUAUCCGGUUUCAAUGCUCAGGGGCAGUUCCCAAAUCAAAGACAAGUAGAAGAGCUCUCUAUCUUGAAAUGCAUAGCCACUUUUGGAAUGGUGAUAUCUUUGACAGGAUUGUUCGUUUAUCUGACCUUGUAUUCACAUAGCUGUUUCAAAGUCUAUGCUGGUCUAAGCUUCAUGUAUUUAUCUUUUGCUACUUAUUACAAGUUCCGACCUUCACCACCUGUUGGCUGUUGUAGAGGUGGUAAAAAAGGAAAAGAACACUAACUCCUGUUUUGUACAUACAAUUCUUUCCUUACAUACAGAGAAAUAAUAUGAAGAGUUUACAGGUAGAAAAGAUUUCAAAGCUGC